AUGCCAAUCGAGAUUACCCCCCUUACAGAGUCCGACAUACCAGGCGCUGUGACUGCAAUCCAAGAAGCCUUCAAAGAUGAUCCGUAUAACAACUGGGUUUACAACGAUCGUGCCAAGCUUGAUCUGAACAGGAAUCGGGUCUCUCUUGGCAUUCGGUGUCGAUGGGGGGUUCGUAAUGCUCUCUUCUACGUAGCAAAAGACACCAAUGCCAAUGAUGAGGUGCUCGGAAUAGCAAUGUGGAUGCCUCCAAGGCCGUCUGCACAGAAGGAGACGUGGGGAGAGUGGUUUGAAGGGUGGAAAAUGUGGGCCCAACAAGUGAGGAUGAAUAUUUGGUAUGGUAGAGGUGGACUUAAUGUGAAGCGAUAUUACAUAUGGAAGGAAAAACAAACAGAAGCCCAGUCUGAAAUCUGGACAGAUCCUAGCGGUUAUUACUUCCUGAAUAUCAUGGUCGUACUUCCAGGACAGCAAGGCAAAGGAAUAGGGAAAGCAUUGGCUCGAGAGGUGACGAAACUCGCCGAUGAAGAAGGGAAGAGGUGCUAUUUAGAGUCCAGCAGGGAUGUCCCUAACACGAAGAUAUAUGAAGCCAUGGGCUUUCAUUUUGUGAAGCAGAUGGAUUGUGAUGAUGGGGGAGAGGUAUGCAGACUCUAUUGUAUGGUAAGAGAGCCACAGAUAGUGUCCUCGGGAGAUGCGGAAUAG